AUGUCUCUAUCGGAGAUCGAUGACGAAUAUGAUGAAUUCGAUGCUGAUACUGGCAAUCAGAUCAAUGAAUGGUUUAUUGACGAUAAAGAUCUCGACGAUAAUGAUCUGUUUGAAUCAAUAUUAGACUUUGUUAUAAAUGCAAAUGGAUCGAUUGAUACUGUUGAUGAAUCAUCUGACGAGAGAUUACGAUCUGCACUAGAUGCUUCAUUGAUUACUCCCAACCAUACUGCUAAUUUUUCUACAGAUUUUGGUGAUUGCAUUCGUUGGUAUUUAACAACAACAUCGUUAUUCUCAAGUACUACCCCCUCAUCACCUUAUUUUCUGUCAGUGAAUCGACCAAAUACAAGUUCUUUAGUUCCAGACAAGAUAAGACGUCCUGGAUUUGCUUUUGUUCGUUUUUGUUCAGCAGAAAUAACCGAACAAGUGUUAUAUUCAUACAAAGUAAAUCCAUCAAAAUUUUUAUUCAAUAAUAGUCAACUACGAAUCGAUCGCCCCAAAGAAAAACGUACAGCUCAAAAUUCAAUUACUAGUAGCAACAUCACAAAUUUGAAUAAUGCUACCAAUGUGUCUAAAAUUAAAUUGAAUAUUUCAGAAGUUCACUAUGGAACACUUUUGACACGUGCAGCUAUGAAAAAUAUUCAAACAAAUCUAAAUUAUGAAUUUAAUUUUGGUCUUAUUGCUCAUCCUCUAAUACCGACAAAUAUGAGCAUUCCUACUCGAUUUGAAAUCGAUCAAGAAAAUAGAAAAUUCGCAUUUAUCUUAACUGAUUAUUCAAAUGAUUUCGACGUAUGGUCACAAUUAAAAUUCGAAUGGAAUUUUCGAGAUUUAAAAGGUAAAAGGAUUAGACCAGUUUUGGUAAACAAUUCAUCAGUUUAUUUACUGAUUGAAUUGAAACGACCUCCGAUCAUUACAAAUAGUUGUUAUUCACUUUCGGAAUACACUAAUUUUGAUCAAAAAGUUGAGACACGUCAACCUGGUACUACACUUCUGGGUCAUGCUAAUACCUGGCUGUUACCUUUAUCUACCGAUAAUAUCAAUAAUUCUAUAGAAUUAUUUAAAUGUCUUCGUCGUUACAAUCUAUCAUCAUGGGAAUUUUCGGAACAUAAUAUAUCUUAUUUGAUCAAUUCAUUGGAUAGUGCACGAAAAUAUCUUGAACAUGUUUAUUUGUUAUCGAAUACAACAUGGAUUAAUCAGAAUCAGGAUUUUGUUACAAAUUUCCUUAAAUAUCGAUGGCCAAGGUAUUCAUUUGAAACGAAAUUCGAAAUAAUGAAACUUAUUUCAAAACAUAUUGUUACAGUCAAUGAUUUGAUUGUUGACGAACAUUUUGAUACUAUUUUAUCAAAAUGUUCAAUCAAUACAUUGAUUGUUUGUACAGAUAAAAUUAUUGAGUUAGCUCCACGUUGGCUUCAAACAACAUGCGAUAAUGAAGACGAUGAUUGGACUAAUGAUGAUGUUUGUAAUCAAGAAAUAAAAAAGAAUUCUCCUGAAGAUCUUCUCUCUCAUACGAUUCGCUCUAGUACUGAUGAACUAGUUGAUGCAACAAACAUACCACUGGCUUCAAGUGUCGCACGAUUAACUCUAAAAAGAACAGGACAUCAUCUUGGUUCUCUUAGGCGUCUUUUACUGUUAGCUCUUGAUGAAAUGCAUCGUAAAGAUGAACUUUCUUGUACACCAAUUACAAAUGUGUUUGUUACUAAACAUGAGUUACGAACAACUAAUGUUAGUCCAUUUCUAAUGCGAAAAAUAUAUGUAACACCAUCUACCAUUCUUCAUGAAGGACCGUACAGAGAAGAAAAAUGUCUUGUAACACGACAUUUCGAAAAAUAUCAAGAUCAAUUUCUUCGUGUAACAUUUCGUGAUGAAGGCAAAUUAUUGAUUUUAUAUUCUUAA